UGUUGUCAAAGUGGCUCGUACACGCUGUACACGAAAUUUGAACUGAGAUGGACAAAAAAACUGUCAAGGAUCACAUCAUAAAUGCUUUGGAUGACCUUCAACAAAACGAACUGAAGAAAUUCAGACACAAACUGUGCGACACGGAUUUUGAAGAUGGGUUGAAAAUUGCAAAGGGGAAAGUGGAAGGAGCGGAUAGUUUAGACUUGGCAGAUAUAAUCGUCAGGACCUUUUCGGAAAGUAACUCUGUCAGAGCGACUGUCAGGGUUUUGCGUGCCAUUGGAGAAAAUCAACUGGCCAACAAUCUAGAAAUGAAGACAGGACAAGCAGGUCAAAUGCCUGGAGCUAUGGAGAGAACCGCUAGGAACGCUGGUGGAAGGCUUGGCUUAAUGGAGAAUGGAGUUCAUUUUGUAGACAGGCACCGAGAAGCGCUGAUCAGAAGGACCCCUAUCGUCGCACCCAUUCUGGAUGCCCUACUCUCAGAAAAGAUGAUACAUGAAGAAUUAUACACCGAAAUUGUGAACAACCCCAAUGAAACACCUCAGAGUAAAAUGAGAAAGCUGUUCCUCGCUACCUCGGCCUGGGGCACCAUGCAAAAAGAUUAUUUUUACAAAUUAUUGGAAAGAGAGCAGCCCUUCCUGAUUGAAGAGCUGCAGAAGAUCUAAUUUGAUAACUCACUUUUUAGAUUGCUUUUACCCCUCUCUUCUCCUCACUCUUUCCCUGUUCCCUAGAAUCAUGCAUGCAUUUUCCAACAGUGUUGUCCCUACGAUGUCAAGUGUCAUUUUAAAGCUGGCUUUAUGACAAUGGCUGCAGCACUAGGCACAAUUAUGAAAUCGAAUACAUGCAGAAUUCACAGCUGAAUUGGUUGCAUUUAACAGAAUUUAAUAGACACAGUGCCUUUUUAUAUACUGCACAAAACGGCUGUAAAAUACUUCCCAUCUGGACUCCACAUUGCACUUGCAUUUCCUUGGUCACUUCACACCAGCAGUGUUCUCCUGCGUCAAAACAAUGCCUCUGAUAUCCCUAGGGAGAGAAUUCCCAAACAAAGGGGUAUAUGACUAAAUGCCUUAGGAAGGGACCACAAGGAGAUCAGCCUCAGCAGAUCGAAGGCUGUGGUGAGGCGUGUGUCUUCAAACCAACUCUGCAAGAUAGGGAGGAGCAAGACCACGCGGAGAGCAAUACAUUCGCAAAAAAUAUGUACAAAAGCUCAUAAAUAAUCUUACUGCAUGAAUUAUGUUGUAGGUUUUAUAAGGGUCUGCUGUUUGCUGGAACAAUAUAAUCACAAACACACUUCUAGCUCAUCUUGUUAGUUUUACAAAUACAGCCUUUGACCUCUUGUUAAGCCUGACAUAUUACUGUUUGCAUUCUGUUUCUGCUAUUCUGUUAUUGGAUCUAUGUGUUCACCAGGAAAUCCAUAUCUACUGUACAAUCCCAGAGUGCUGAAUUAAUUAAAAAUAAUAUUAAAAGA